GCGGGUUUACAGUCUAGAGGGUUUACAUUCAGCGUUUAGAACAGUGCUUGGCACCUGGAAGCAGGAGCCGGAUCUGAGGGCCCGCUGCGCCCAGGAGAAUGUCGGUGACCCUGCACACGGACGUUGGGGACAUCAAAAUCGAGGUCUUCUGCGAGCGCACACCCAAGUCGUGCGAGAAUUUCUUGGCUCUCUGUGCCAGCAGUUACUACAAUGGCUGCGUAUUUCACCGAAACAUCAAGGGCUUCAUGGUGCAAACCGGGGACCCGACAGGAUCUGGGAAAGGAGGCAGCAGUAUCUGGGGGAGGAAAUUUGAGGACGAAUACAGUGAAUACUUGAAGCACAGCGUCCGAGGCGUCGUGUCCAUGGCCAACAACGGCCCCAACACCAACGGCUCCCAGUUCUUCAUCACCUACGGCAAGCAGCCCCACCUGGACAUGAAGUACACCGUCUUCGGCAAGGUAAUCGACGGUUUGGAAACGCUGGAUGAACUGGAGAAGCUCCCGGUCAACGAGAAGACCUUCCGGCCUCUCAACGACGUGCACAUCAAGGACGUCACCAUUCACGCCAACCCGUUCGCUCAGUAGCCGCCGCUUCGGGCCUAGACAACACCAACGGCAUCACGUGCGGGAAAGCGAGGAUCAACCCCCUUCCUCCUCCGUCUUUCCCUUCACCGGGAAGUUAAAAAUCCCCAUCGGCUCCUCUGAGGCUCCCCAGCCGUCACACAUCAUUCCCCUCCUUCCGUGAGGCGAUUCCUUAAGAUCGGGGAAGACGCGGACAUCCGGGGGAACUGAUCUGGGCCAUCUGGGGGAUUUAUGGAGGAAAAAGAAAAUCAGUUUUUCUAAUAAAAAUGACCAUUUA